GUUAAACGUCGUUAUUCAAGCAGUGUACAAUGACCAACAGCACAGCGAACAUCAUGGCCACGAUGUCUUCGAUCGUGAUGACUUCGGCUGCCAGCUCAGAUACAAUGUCCGAAAUAUCGGAUUCUGGAACAGGGACAUCGGGCAGGAGUUAUAGCGACAGCCGAGAAGAAAUGCAUCAAUUAGCGACUUCUUUAGGAUUAGAAUCAGCCGAUGAUUUGGCCAAGGAACGAUUCAAAGUCGACAGAAAAAAACUCGAGGCUAUGUUGCACUGUGAUGGUGAGGACGGAUUAACAGCAGUCAACUUUUUUCAAAAAGUAAUGACUGAUACAAGAACACUCAUUUUGUGGCCAACUAGACUGAAAAUUGGAGCAAAAUCAAAAAAAGACCCACAUGUUCGAAUCGCAGGACUCCCAGAAGAUGUUAAGGCGGCUAAAAUGCAAGUGAUGAGUGUAUUGGAUGAUCGAAGCAAUCGCGUGACAAUGAAGCUGGAUCUUAGUUACACUGAUCACUCACAUAUUAUCGGUCGUGGAGGUCUGACCAUUAAACAAGUGAUGGAAAACACUGGUUGUCAUAUACACUUUCCAGAUUCAAACAGAACAAGUUUGUUAGAAAAAAGUAAUCAAGUUUCUAUUGCUGGCAAUUGUGGUGCUGUAGAACGGGCUAGAGCUCGUGUUCGAGAAUUGACUCCGUUGAUAUUUUGUUUUGACUGGCCAAACAUUGGGACCGUUCAAAAUUAUCAAGAUCCAUCUAGUCAAUUCCCAUACAUUGGCUCUAUUCAAGACAAUUUUAAUGUCCAUGUUAUGUUUCGUACUAGACCAAAGCUUCAUUCGACUAUGGUUAUGGUUAAGGGCCACGAAUGGGAUGUCGUGAGAGUGAAAGAAGCUACUAUGCAACUUAUAACUCAUAUGUGUGGAAACCUUGCAAAUCAAGUUUUAAUACUUAUGGUUAUGGAAAUAUCUCCUCAACAUCAUAAAAUAGUAAUGGGGCCAGGCAAUGAAACACUUAGAGCUAUCACUCGUCGAACUGGAGCUCAAAUAUUGUUUCCGGAUGCUAAGGACCCAAAUAUUCCUUCCAUUAAAAAAAGCAGUGUAACCAUCACUGGGCAUAUACAUAAUGUCUACGCAGCCCGUCAAAUGCUUAUUGGAUCAUUACCAUUGCUUCUUAUGUUUGACAUUCCGCAAGACGAAAUGGUAUUAACCCACGAACAAAUUGACAGUGUGAUGCAACGUUUAGACAUAUAUAUAUCGCUUCGACAUAAAGCUAGUCAAAAUAUAUACACUGUUUCAAUAAAAGGGUUUGAAAGAUCUGUAGGUAACAUUUAUGAGGGUAGAAAGUGUUUACUGGGUGGUACUGGAGAAAUAAUAACACCAAGUAUACCAAAUACAUAUAAUGUGUCAAAUGAAAAUCCAUCAUUUAUAGUUUCCAAUGGAGAAUUUUUCAGUGGAAAUCGAUAUUCAAAUAAAUCUUUUAACAAUUUAGGCGGGUUUAAUAAUUUCACGAACUUCCCUGGAUCAAUUUCUCCAUCAUGUCAAAAUAGUGUAAUUAAUUUACCUUUGGUAAGCAACCAUGGAAAUAUUUCUCAAAUUAACGUUUUGGGCCCAAGAAUACAACAGUUGGCUAACGAUAUAAAAAUGGACAAUUUAUCAACUAAUAAUAAUCACAUUGGAAAAUCAACAUUUAAUUAUAUUCAAGACUCAAAUACUUCUCCAAAUCAAAGUUUGUUGUCAUCAUGUAAUGAAUUAGAUUUAGAAAUCUUUGAGAACCGUGCGCCUGGUUUUCGAAGACAGCCGAUAACUUAUGAUUACCAUAAUUUAAGGGUUGCUGCAACACAAGUGUCUCAAAGUAAACCAAAUCGAUCAGAAAUAAGAGUUCCAACAUCUGUAUGGUCUGGUUAUGGUUUUAGUCAAUCAAGUCCAUCAGCUAUUUUAAAAGGACAACGAGAUAAUGAGCUAAAUAUAUGGAGUAACUCUACACCUGAAAUAAAUAAUGAUAUAUCUGAACUGGCAUCGAUGGAAAUGAGUAAUCAUCUUGACUCCACGCCUACAUCGACUGUGUCUAAAAUCACAUCUUCUUCAUUUGCUGAUUUACCAUCUCAUUUGGCAAUUCUUGGCUUAGAUAAAUAUAUAAAUUUAUUUAAAUCCCAUGAAAUUGAUUGGACUACUUUCAAGACAUUGACAGAAAGUGACCUACGUGAAAUUGGUGUUACAGCCUUAGGAGCUCGAAGAAAAAUAUUGUUAUCUAUAGCAGAAUUGAAUAAAAGGUGUCCAGUUGGUGGAUUAUUUGGUAUUAGCCCAGCUCCAGGUGCAGAAAGAAAAAGUCCUGCAUCAAAUAAUAGCCCAUCAGACACAUGGUAAAUUAACAAAAUUAUUAACUGUAUGUUACAAAACUUCAUAUAAUUUUUUUGCUGUCAAAAAUUAUUAAUUAUAAUUUAAAUUAUUUAAAAAAAUAGAAGUUUAAAACUCUUAAACAAUUUUUUUUCAAAAUAUAUAGGUGCUAAACAUAUUAUAAUUAUAUAACUAUCUUCAGAUUUAUUUAAAACAUAACAGAAUUUAUAGUAUUUUAGUAACAAUUACCCUUUAUUUUGCCUUCAACCGAUGUUAGUAUAUUAUUAUGUUGUAACCAAACAUUUCACAUGGCUUUUAUAUUACUACCUAUAUAUUUGUUUACGUUUCAAUAGCCUACCAUUUUUUUUUAAAAAUUAUUCUAAAGUGUAUUUAUUUAUCUUGAACUAUACUUUAUGUUAUUUUAUUUCCUAAAAACCAAAUAAAUGAUGAAUGUUUUUAUGCGAUUAUCAGUGUAAUGGUUAUGUACAAUGUUUGUUUGUUACUUUUAGAUAGACAAACCACAUUUAUUAUAACAACUUUAGGAGAAAUUUUGAUUUAUAUUUUCAAAACCAUUUAUUGUAUCCAUUGUAUUGUAUUUCAUGCUGUUAAAAUUGAGUUCUAUAUUAUAUUAUUAUUAUUUUUUGUUGUUAUAUAAAAUAAGUAUUAUUAUUAAAUAUUAUUAUUAUUUUUUUUUUUAUAAUCUAAAAGUGGUGUAUUAUUUGUAGGCCUUUG